AUGAAGGUGUUAUACCUUGAAUGGACUGGUAAGCAGGAUGUUGGACAGGAGUUGGUUGAACAUACGUAUGAGGAUAGGGUUUGGGUGGUUAGCAAGGACACUAAAAAGGAGGUGCCUCUUGAUAGGAAUUGUGAAUAUGUAGUUCUUAUAGACAUGGAGACGACCGAAGCUAAGUGUGAAUGCAAGUUGUUUGAGUCUGCGGGAAUCUUAUGUAGGCAUAUAAUAUCGUUAUAUAAUAAGUUGAAAAUUAAGGAGAUACCUGAAAAAUACAUACUACGUCGAUGGCGGAAAGAUGUAUUCCGGAAGCAUACAAUGGUGAAGGUAGCUUAUCACGACCCCUCAAAGACGGAUGAAGUGCAGAACUAUGAUAGAAUGAUGGUGGUUUUUGACCCAUUCUGCUUGAAGGCAGCCAACUAUGGUGAUGUUCACACUGUGUUGGAGACGCUCCAAGUACUCAACAUACGCCUAGAUGAACGGCAUUCCAUGAAGAUUGCUGGUAUGAGCCUGAAAGAUUGCACUCCUACUUCUGUUGGUAACACACAUUGGGUGCAGUUGGCAAAUGGUUCUGUAGGAGUUGGCAGCUGCAAUAGGGUAGAGAAGUCCCCAAAUGAAUGUGAAGGUAGUCGCAUAGAAGUUAAUGUUGGCCCGAUUAAAGACCCCCCUACGAAAAAAAUAAAACGGGCAGGUAGAAUUAAGUCAUGCGUUGAGAAGGCCAAGAAUGAGAAGGCGAAGAAUGAGAAGGGAAAGAAUGAUAAAGGGAAGAAUGCGGAAGCUAAGAAGAAACAGCAAGAAGCACCUAAGAAGGGGAAAGGCAAAGGAGUGAAACGCAAGGAGAAUGCAGACCCCCCUCCUCAGGUAUAA